GUGGUGCAAAUGUAGGUUAAGCUUAAAAGAACUGAUCGGAGAUUAACAACAAUGGCUAAAUGUCACCGGAAUAACAUCGGAUCUCUUAUUCUUGACCGUGCUCCUUCCACUUCUUCUUCUUCUACUUCCGGCAACCAUUUCCGUCUCUGGAGCACUUUCUCUAGAUCCACAUUCCGCAGAAAGAUCGUCGACGCCGUCAGUUGCGGCGGUAGCUCACGUUACCGUCACGAGCUCCGGGAAGAGGACGAUGAAGGAAGUUACGUGACGGUGACGGCGAAGUCAACAGUCGCAUCGAAGGAUGCAAAAGCCAACACGAUCGGCGCGGCGUUGAACGGCGUAGCGUUCGAGGAGAAAUCGAAGAAAUCAGAGAAGCUUUGUGAUCUGUUGAAUCUAGCUGAGGUUGAAGCUGAUGUUGAGACGAAGAAGAAAGAAGAAGCUCUUGAGGUGUUGAAGCGCGUGGUCAGAGAGUUACAAUCAGCUGCGGCGGCGCGUGGAGAUAACGAUGACGGCGAAGACUGUCGGAAGAAAUUAACGGCGGCGAGUGAGGUACGGUUGUUGGCGAAGGAAGACUCGGAGGCGAGAGUGACGUUGGCGAUGCUCGGUGCGAUUCCGCCGUUAGUUAGUAUGAUCGACGACUCGAGAAUCGUCGAAGCUCAGAUUGCUUCGCUCUAUGCUCUGCUCAAUCUUGGGAUUGGUAACGACACGAACAAAGCAGCCAUUGUUAAAGCAGGUGCUGUUCACAAAAUGCUGAAGCUAAUUGAGUCUCCAAACACUCCUGAUCAAGAAAUUGCAGAGGCUGUGGUUGCCAAUUUUCUUGGAUUAAGCGCUUUAGAUUCAAACAAACCGAUCAUUGGUUCUUCGGGAGCCAUAAUCUUCCUGGUGAAAACUCUUCAGAAUUUGGAUGAAACAAGCAGCUCACAAGCGAGAGAAGACGCCUUGAGAGCUCUCUACAAUCUGUCAAUCUAUCAACCAAAUGUGUCAUUCAUACUCGAAACGGAUUUGAUCACGUAUCUCUUGAACACAUUGGGAGAUAUGGAGGUGAGUGAGAGGAUUCUCGCUAUCUUGAGCAAUCUAGUGGCUGUCCCAGAAGGAAGAAAAGCAAUCAGUUUAGUGUGUGACGCAUUCCCGGUUUUAGUCGAUGUACUGAACUGGACCGACUCACCCGGAUGCCAAGAAAAGGCGACUUACAUUCUAAUGUUGAUGGCUCACAAGGGAUACGGAGAUCGACAAGCGAUGAUUGAGGCGGGAGUCGAAUCAGCGUUGCUCGAAUUAACCCUUUUAGGAAGUGCAUUGGCGCAAAAGAGAGCCUCAAGGAUAUUAGAGUGUCUUAGAGUAGACAAAGGGAAGCAAGUCUUGGAUAGUACCGGAUCAUGCGGAGCCUUAUCCGCACCGAUCUAUGGGACCAGAGACAACGGUUUGGACCACGAGGAAAACGAUUUGAUGAUGAGCGAAGAGAGGAAAGCCGUGAAGCAGUUAGUGCAACAGAGUUUACAGAGCAAUAUGAAGAGAAUCGUGAAGAGAGCUAAUUUGCCACAAGACUUUGUUCCUUCAGAGCAUUUCAAGUCACUAAGUUUGAGCUCCACUUCAAAGAGCCUCCCCUUUUGAAAAAUGUAAGUCUUCAUCGUUAGACACAUUGCUAAUUAAUUAGAUUAAAUUAA